AUGAACUGGGUGCUGUUGAUGGGUUUGUUGGUGGCCGGUGCCGUGGCUUAUACCCCACUCUUUGACGAUUACGAGAAUCCGUCACUUUGGCGACUCGGCAAGCGGGCAGAUGAUGAUUAUCCAGUCGUCCAGAGCAAACGCGGUCGUGAGCUCUUUGGAAAGCGGAGCGCAGGAGGCCAGGCGAAACGCGCCCGAGAACUUUUUGGAAAACGCAGCUCCCCCGAUUACGACGUGCCCAGCGGCGAGAUGAGCGCCGAAUUGUUGAGCAGGUUGGCCUCCCCGCUGGACCGCUUCAGACGAGCGCGCACCUCCGAGCUGUUCGGCCGU